UUGGUUUGACCUGCCAUUCUCCAUCAUCAUGCAAGGCUUUCUGAGGGUUGAAGUUGGUACAAAUGAAAUGCCAUGCAACUUCAUUGCUUCAGAUGUUAAAGAAAAUUUGUCCACACCAAUGUCAUCGAGAAUUCCAAGCAUGGACAGUUUUAUGGCUGAGGCUAUGGAAUUCCAAACUGAUGGUGUUAGGGAGCCUUCAAUUGAGAAGCUAUAUUAUAAUGUAUGUGAGUUGGAGGGCUCUUAUGACGGAUCAGUGUCAUGGCAGAGCUAUGGAUCAGAUAGUGAAGAGUCAAGGAUUGACUCAGAGUUGUGUCAUCUUGUAGGUGGUCAAGCUAUUCGAGCAAUUGAAGCUCAAGAAGAUAGAAAUAUAACUAAUGUAGUAGCCCGAGCGAAAAAUAGGCCAACUGAAAAGAAACUUGAGAGUAAUUUAAAAUCCCUGUCCACCAAUACAUCUUCUGGAUCAUCAAAGAAGCUCAAAAGACCACCUCAGUUGCGACACAACCCUGAUAAAUACUUGAAAAGUGAGGUAACUAAAAAGAAUGGCUUAAGGUCACCACAGAAGGACGAUAAGACUGUGGAAAACAGAGGUUAUGUAGUUGGGCAUAUGAAAAAACAAAAUAAGCAUCCAACAAAAGAGGCAAAUUCAGAUACUGGGUCUGAUGAUCUAUCUGAAGGACGGCUAGAUAACCCUGACCUUGGGCCUUUCCUUCUUAAACAUGCCAAGGAUUUGAUUGCUUCAAACAAUCAAGAAAAAGCUCUGAAAUAUGCUCUUCGAGCAGCCAAGUCAUUUCAGAAAUGUACUGGUGUGAAACCGAGCUUAGACUUGGUCAUGAGCUUGCAUGUUGUAGCAGCAAUCUAUUGCAACUUGGGAAAGUUUGCUGAGGCUGUUCCUGUUCUUCAACAGUCUGUCAAGAUUCCAGUUCCUGAAGAGAGCCAAGAACAUGCUCUUGCCAAAUUUUCUGGUUAUAUGCAGCUGGGUGACACUUAUGCCAUGUUGGGGCUCCUGGAGAGUUCGAUAUACUGCUACGAGGAUGGAUUAGAAAUCCAGAGGCAGGCCUUGGGUGAUAUGGAUCCUCGAGUUGGGGAAACUUGUCGCUACUUAGCUGAAGCUCAUGUCCAAGCACUGCAAUUUGAACAGGCUGAGAGGUUGUGCCAAAAGGCUCUUGACAUCCAUAAAGCAAAUGGGGAAACCACAUCUGUAGAAGAGGCAGCAGAUAGGAGACUCAUGGCCCUCAUUUAUGAUACCAAGGGGGACCACGAAGCAGCUUUGGAGCAUUUAGUCUUGGCUAGCAUGGGUUUGGUGUCCAAUGGUCAGGAAACUGAAGUGGCUUCAGUUGAUAUAAGCAUAGGUGACAUCUAUCUCUCAUUGGCACGAUAUGAAGAAGCUGUGUUUGCAUACAGGAAAGCUCUCACUGCAUUCAAGGCAUCCAAAGGGGAGAACCAUCCUGCUGUUGCUUCUGUUUUUGUACGUCUUGCUGAUUUGCAUAAUAGGAUAGGAAAGUUCGGGGAAUCAAAAUGCUACUGUGAAAGUGCUCUCCGAAUAUAUAAUAAGCCAAUUCCUGGUUCAUCAUCAGAGGAAAUUGCCACUGGAUUUACGAAUGUCUCAUCAAUAUUUGAGUCAAUGAAUGAAAAUGAACAGGCACUGAAGUUACUACAGAAGGCCGUGAAGAUGUAUAAGAACUGUCCAGGUCAACAAAGCACCAUUGCUGGAAUUGAAGCACAGAUAGGGGUUCUGCACUACAUUAUAGGGAACUAUGAGGAGUCUUACCUUUCAUUGGAGAAUGCUAUCACCAAACUACGGGCAUGUGGGGAGAAGAAGUCUGCUUUUUUUGGAGUUGUUUUGAAUCAGAUGGGCCUUGCUUGUAUUCAGAGUUUUGCAAUCAGUGAAGCUGCAAAAUUUUUUGAUGAAGCCAGGAGCAUUCUUGAACAAGAGUGUGGUCCAUACCAUCUAGACACAUUAGGAGUAUACAGCAAUCUAGCAGGAGCAUAUGAUGCUAUGGGAAGGUUUGAUGAAGCCAUUGAGAUUCUCAAGUAUGUUGUCGGGUUGAGGGAGGAAAAGCUUGGAACGGCUAGCCCAGACGUAAGUGAUGAGAAGAGGAGGUUGGCUGAGCUGCUGAAGGAGAACGGCCGAGUGAGGAACCGAAAAUCAAGGUCCUUGGAAACACUGUUCGACAAGAAUGCCUUUGGUAAAAAGAAAGCAGUUGCUUCUGCAGUAUGAAACAACUUUUUGAAGCCUCUUUAGAACGCACGUAAUGUGCAUUUGCUGGAUUGUUGGUUUACCUUAUGCUUGUACAUUUGUACUUAUAGAGGGUGUACAGAUUUUUUUCCAAUU